AUGCUCCUAAAGCCAAAGUAUGGCCGCUUUCGCAACGAGUCUGUGACCUCCUCCGACGACCUGAUGCAGAGCUUAGCCAUGAGCGGCAAAGUUGUGGCCACACCGGUGGUCUCCUCCUCCGCCACGAGACUUCCUCUGCCUCCGCUACCUCCUCUGCCUCCGCUGCCUCCUCUGCCUCCUCUGCCUCCACUGCCUCCUCUGGAUCACACUGCCAGAUCGACCCUGGCCGACUCCCCUUGCCUGGAUGGGGAGCAGGACGCCACCACAACCUUCUGCAUGCUCAUCCCCAAGAUGCCCCAGUGGAAGUUCUCCAACUCCCUGCUCAGCCGGAGCCCGUCCAACUCCAGCUCUAGCAAGGACUCAGGGAAGGCGGCUACUUCCCAGAACUCUUCCUCACAUAGCUCUUCAUCACACAGGCACAGCAGUGCGGCCUCAGCCAGCGGCCCGGUGGCCAGUCUCGCAGCGGUGCUUAACUCAUGUGACCCUGUGUGUGUCACCCCCUGUUCCCUGCAGGCCAUUCGAGGGCAGCGAGCAGUGGCAGCGGCGAACUCGGCCAAUCCAGGGGGCCACGGAUUUGGGGCCACGGAGGCCAUGGCGAGCCCUGGGGGUUCCAGCAGCUCCAGGUCAGGAAUGAACCGCAGGACGAGGGUGGAAGGCAUGUGGCUUGAGGGAGAGGACUUUACCCAGAAGGGUGGCUUCAUACACAAACCCUCUCAAGGCUGGCUGCACCCUGACAAGAAGAUAGCAGGACCAGGAGCGUCUUAUAUUGUCAGGUACAUGGGCUGCAUUGAAGUAUUGAAGUCAAUGCGCUCCCUGGACUUCAACACGCGGACUCAGGUGACAAGGGAAGCCAUUAACAGGCUGUGUGACACUGUGCCAGGCGGAAAGGGAGCGUGGAGGAAGAAGGCCCAGAACAAAAAUCUUGUGUCCGUUAUGGGGAAGAGUAACCUGAGAUUUGCAGGCAUGAGUAUUGCAGUCAAUAUUUCCAUAGAUGGCCUUGGUCUGCUUAUUCCUACAACACGACAGGUGAUAGCGCACCAUCCCAUGCAGUCCAUCUCAUUCGCCUCUGGAGGAGACACAGACACGCCUGAUUAUGUGGCGUAUGUGGCCAAAGACCCAGUGAAUCAGAGAGCAUGUCACAUCCUGGAGUGUGCAGACGGUUUGGCGCAGGGUGUCAUCAGUACCAUCGGCCAAGCCUUCGAGCUGCAGUUCAAACAGUACCUACACAGCCCUCCCAAAACCAUGGCGUCCAUGGAGAGGUCUGCCAGGACAGAAGAGGUGAUGUGGGGGGAGGAGGAGGACUUCUCUGAACAUAAUUACUACAACAGCAUCCCGGGGAAGGAGCCUCCCGUCGGGGGACUGGUGGACUCUAGACUCAGGCCAACUGGAGCUCUGCCGGGUCACAUCCACACACAACCACAGAGCACAACAGCGGCACAGAUGGGCUCCCCAGCGAGGAGGGAGCAGGCGUCUUAUCCCCCCGGCCAGCUGUGCUAUGAACUGCACUGGGACACUGAGACGAGCGGCAGCUCAGGUCUGACAUCCGAUGGUUACCUGUGUGCUGACGGCCAGCCUCCAGGCAGCAGAGAUUACGAGGAACAUCAAUACGUUAACACCCAAAGUCUGGAAAACCUGGAUUAUUUGGCGCAGGGGCCCAAUGGACACAGAGGGCCCAGGGCAGCCGAUAGUCCAAAAAAGGACCUCUUCGACAUGAGGCCUUUCGAGGACGCCCUGAAGCUCCACGAGGCCUGUGGAGGAGCUGCUGGGUCUGCAGCUGGAGUGGGAGGUGUCCGGGUCCUGGAGGACCAGUGGCCCAGCCCUCCACGCCGUCGAGCCCCCGUGGCCCCAAACGAGGAGCAGCUCCGCAGGGAGGCGUGGUACCACAGCCGAAUGAGCAGGCGAGACGCAGAGAAACUCCUUGUCCGAGAUGGAGACUUCCUGGUCCGGGAGAGCACUACCAACCCGGGACAGUAUGUGCUAACCGGCAUGCACUGUGGGCUGCCCAAACACCUCCUGCUAGUGGACCCGGAGGGAGUGGUCCGGACCAAAGACAUGUUAUUUGAGAGCAUAAGCCACCUUAUCUCAUACCACCUUCAGAACGAGCUGCCUAUUGUAGCAGCAGAGAGUGAGCUCCACCUCAAACAGGUGGUCAGGAGGAAACAGUGAGCCGCCUAGCCCCUCAUGGGAAGCUGAAUUCUUGCUUUCCCAUGCAAACAUACAAACAAAUAUGGAAAUAAUUGACUCCGGAUGGAUAUCCAUGUGCAACAAAGGAUAUCAGUGAUGCUU